AUGGGUCUCAUUUAUAUUGGCACACCAAACCAAAAAUUUUAUGUUGAUUUUGAUACUGGAUCAUCCGAUUUGUGGGUACCAGGUCCAAGUUGUGGUAAAGGUUGUGGUGGAUCUAAUCGCUAUACUAGUUCCAAAUCGACGACAUAUAGACCUAAUGGUAAACCCUUUUCUAUCCUCUAUGGUGAUGGGUCAACUGCCAUAGGAAAAUUCGAUAAUGACACGUGCACAGUGGGUGGUAAAGCUGUGAAAGGUCAAUUAUUUGCUGAGGUGACUUCAGGAUCGGGUCUUCAAGAUAACCUUUUUGAUGGGCUUCUCGGCUUAGCCUAUCCAGGUGAAACCACGGGUGGUGAAACGCCAUUAUUUUUUAAUAUGUAUAAACAAGGCCUUAUACCACAACCAACAUUUGCAUUUUAUUUUCAUCCGUACCAAGAAAAACUACUUGCACAACCUGGUAAAUUAACAUUUGGUGGUGCCGACACAACGAAAUACAAAGCUCCAGUAACCUAUGUACCGGUAGUUCUUAAAGGCUACUGGGAAUUUUCCAUGAAUAGUGUUAGUGCUUUAAAUACAAAAGUAUGUUCUGGAUGUUAUGCCAUAGCUGAUACGGGUACAACGUACAUAACUGGUCCAUCAUCACAAGUCAGCAAAUUGAAUAAAUUAAUAGGCGGCAAGUUGGACGCUAAUGUUGGUUUAUACAGCGUUAAUUGUUCACGCAAGCUGUCUUCGUUUCCAAGUGUGACAUUUACAAUUGGUAAUACAGCAUUUGUCUUAACACCAUUACACUAUUUAUUAUGGGGCAAAACAGUUAAUAAUAAAUGGGUUUGUUACACUGCAUUUCAAGAUGGCGAUGACCCCGAUGAUAAGGGACGCUUAUUCUGGAUAUUAGGGGAUUAUUUUCUUGUGCGCUUUUAUUCGAUUUAUGAUAUUGCAAAGAAUCGUGUAGGAUUUGCUAAAUCUGUAUCAUAUAGCGUCGUAGAUACACCACCUAGUUCAUUAUUUAAAGGGUGA